AUGGAGAGCAAUAUGAAUGAAGAUAAAAUGCUUAAAUUUAUGAAAAUUUUGGUACCUGUUGUUGGGGUUGGAAUAGUGCUGACAACGGUUGUAUUUGCUUUAAGUAUAGCUACGUUAGUUAAGGUGAACAAAGGGUUUAAUGAUAUUCAAGGUAAUAGUAUUGUGACAGCAAAUCCGACAAAUCCAACAGCUGGACC